UGUGCUAAAUUAAUACAAAGUGUCGUUUGUUUGUUGAUAUUAACCUAAAAUGCUAUUAUAGUUAUCAAAAUGGACGUGCCGAGUGCGUUUCGUGGACACCAUCAUGUGCUGAAUGUGAUCCAACGAUGAACUGUUCCAGCUUUAACCUCAUUUAAAUUCCAGGCUUGAACCGCAUCGGAAGAGCAAACAGCGACACACAAGGCAGCAUGGUGAAUAGUGGUUCCUACAGAGAUCGAAAUGAAAAAGCCGCUCUCACGCAGCAACAAACCAACGGCAUCCGCAAUGAUCCAUCCAGUCCCGUUACGGCGCCCGCUCCGGCCCAGUGUAAGUCCGACUGCAAGGGAACAGCUGAUGUUGUUCUGCCCUCCGCGUCGGCCGUUAUCGAACCGAAAAUGUCCACGGAGAACGAUGCCACAGCCGCGACGGCCCUAACUCCCGAAGACGAUGGCGGCGACUCAUCGCCGGCCGGCGCCGAUGUCGACGUCGCCGUCGACAAAAGUGCGUCUGAUGGUGACGGUGCCACGUUGGAUAAGGUGCCGGGUGCACGACCCCCGUCGGACGGGGACGCGACCGACCCCAAGUUCAAACAGAAUCCGUCGCGAAAACUGAUUUGCCUCUACUGUGAUCGUACGUUCGUCAGCGCCAAUCUCCGUCAGAAGCACGUGGACAGGUGCCAUUCGGCCAAACAAAAUCGUCGGGUGUCGCCGCGUCAGAUGCUCACCGCAACACCCUGUGUACACUGUGAUAAGCUCAACAAUACCGAGCACACCCUCAAGGAUCUCUUUCAACAUUUAACCACCGAACACUCUAACAAGUACUACGCCUGUACGCCUUGCGAGGAACGAUUCCUCAACACCAUCCAGCUAACAGAACACAAUGCUUCCAAUCAUCCGCAGACCGUCGUCACCACACCAGAAACAGCCAAGCUGAACCUCACCGAAGAUCCACCCGAGGAGGUCAUACCGCAGAAGGUCACCAGGAGCCGCUUAAAACAAACCGAAUCGCCGAUGCAGCCGGAAAAAUCCAAAGUACCCGCCACCGGCAGGAAGAACACCAAAUUCAAAGACCUCCGUAACAAAAAGUUCGCGGUCAAAUCAUCUCGGAUAGCCAUCAAGCGGAGCACGAGGCUCCAGGCCAAGGUGCCGCCCGAAAAAACCAAAAUACGACGGACGAAACAAUCGGAUCGCAAACAAAAACAGGCGGAGCCUCCCGCAACCACCAAAGCGGCCGACAAAACCAACAAAUCGAAUGUGCCGUGCGUCAACCCGUAUCCCGAAUUCGACAGCUUCUUCCGCGUGAAAAAGAUAACGGACCAUUCCAUUGAUAAUUUAAAAAUUAGUUCCUUAACGUUCGACGAUGUGUUCGACAAGGCGUUCUUCAACCGAAUCAAGUGCAAUAUCCAAGAGAACCUGCUCCACCACAUCGAUGGUAAGCUGUUCAAGAACGAGGAGUCCGAAAGUCGCAUCUCGAAUUUUGAAAAGACCCAACAAGAAGUACAAAAUCCCAGCUCCGAAAACUAUGGUUGUGAACUGUCGUUGAACGCGGUGACGCCCGUCGCAGCUCUGUCGCUGAACUCCCAAUUCGGCGAGGACUUCGAGUCGCAGAUCGAGUACGGGUCGAAGCCGUCGAAAAAGAAAAACCAAACCAAGAUCAAGGACGAGGUUACCAGUUACAAGUACGUGACCAGACGUAAAUACCAAGCGAGCAUCCUCGAACACAAGGAGAACCGUGACCUCAGCAAGCUGGACAUGUGGACCCAGCUGGUGAUCAAGAAAAGACAGCAGCAAAUCGUCGACGACAAGAAAAGUGCCAAGGAAAUCUUAGAGUACACCAACGGCGAGGAAUACAAAAACAAAAUUCGCAAGGAGGAGUUGAACAGGAUAUUGGACAGGAGAGGACCUUUCGAAGAUCUCAGAGAAGAGGCCACGAAACAGGCGGCUUUGGACAAGCUCAACUCCAACUCCUCGGAGAGCAUCAGCCGCGAAACGUUUUCAGAGGUGCGACAGGUGCUAAACGAGAUACUUAACAAGGUUUACAGCAUUUGCGACAUCACACCAAAGCUCGAACCUGGCAUUGCCUCGACCUCAACCGCCGACUCCGAAGUGAGGGAGAUCCCAAGCUACUUAAACCUCAGGAAAACGUCCUCGCUGCCGGUCGACGGAGACGUCGACAAAUCCGACAAAAUCGCACUGAUCUGCUCGUCGCAGGAAACCGAAAACUACGAAUUACCUACGAACAGUGUACGCGAGAAAGACGAGUUGGUGGAGUUGACCGGGGAGUGGGCGCGUACGCGGAUGUACUUAUGUGCGGCCUGCGGUAAGAAAAUCUCCAACAUGAAGCAGCUGCUGGAGCACAAGAGCGUUUAUCACCAGAACGUGUGGGUGCAGCACUACGAGCUGGUAGGGAACCAGAGCGAGCUGUACAGGCACCUCAGCAUUCCGGGCUUGGGGAAAGUGGGGGUCGUGGAGGAUAGUGUGCAGUGCAAGGUGUGGAAGAGGAGUGAUGCGCGUAUGUGUUCCAAGUGUGGGAAACAGUGCAAUAGUCUGGGCGAGUUGCACAGGCAUAUUUUGGAGUGCGGUGGUGAUUGGACGUGGAUGUUGGCCAGGAAAAAGUGCAAAUAUAGACCGUUCGGGGCGAAGUCCAGGAGGAAAAGACGUGGUUUAGUCAAGAGAAAUCACCACGCAAAUAAGACUGAUCAACCUACAGAAAAGAAAACAUACAAGAAGACUUUCGAUGGUCCUAGACAGAGGCCAAGCGAUGCUGAUACCAUUGAAAGAAUGUUGGCAAAUCUACCUGCCAAGAGGUCCACUAGGAAAAUUAUGGCGAUCCAAGAUGGAUAUAGGCGAAGGAAAAACAGGGAUCCGACGAAUCCCACUCAGAAUAAGCUUAAAUGUGGCAAACUAAUGUACAAGAAUGUCAAGAGUAAUGAAACAAGUAAUAUUUCUAGUCCCAAAAAUAUUAAGAGUAUAAAGCGUAAUUUUAAUUCAGUUUUAUCUAGCCGUUUAAUAGAUACCAAUAGUACUUUAAGAGCAAAACGAAUAUUAAAGAAUUUAGUAAACAGAAGGGUGACAAGACAAACGAAGGAAAGCCCAGAAGAAGGCGUACUCGCGGAGGCGGAAAAACCACUCGAAAAAGAAACAGAAAGUGAGCAGGUAACUCCAAAAAGAAAGAAGAACAACAGAAAUAAAGAAAAUCAAGAUGAGAACAAAGACUCGGUAGAAACUAAACGUGUUUCGCCACGUAGAGAACAAUCUGCGUCACCUCAGCAAACUAAGAAAAAGAUCAAUGUCAAAAAAAUUCUUACUGGGAAAAUUAACAUCAAAAGUUUCUUUCCGGUUAAGAAAAAGAAAAGGGUAGGAAAUGCCGAUGCUAACGCUGAGAAUACGGAUACUAAAACACGAUUGACUAGAAGGUCCAAAGAAGCAAAAAUGGAGGAACCACAAGCAUCAAGUGUGGAGACGAGUAAAGCCGCACCAGUGGAAGUAAAUCAAAAGAAUGGCAAGAAAGAAACUGCGAAGGGUUUGGUGAACAAUUUUGUAAGGACGCUCAGUAUGAAGCGAAAGAAAAAGUCGGUACCAAGUGAUGAAAAUUUGCUUAACAUUGCCAGUACCGCAGAAGGUACAAAUGUUCCGGUGGACACUGUUGAAGACGCAAGGAUUCCUAAAAAGCGAAAGGUAAAGCGUAGUUUUCGAAAUGUCGUUAAAAAGUUAAAGAAAACUAAUGAGGAAGUAACUUCAGUACCUCCAGAGCCUUCAAAAAGUACUACCCAAAAUAAGCCAAAUUCUUUUUUAGAGGAGAACUUCCCAUUGGGAACGUCUAUGGGAAGAAUAGUAGCUCCAUCCAUCUUAGAAAAAAACGAAAACAUAGUUGACAGUACCACAGCUGUCCCUACUGCUAUUAGUUGCAUUGAAAACCUUCUCGUGCCAGAGACGAUAUUCAACCUUGAAACCAGUAAUGAGAAAAGUCUUCAGGCAAAGGGACUCGAUUCAAAAGUUCCCGAUGAAGGUAUCCUUACGAAAACACAAUGUGAUAUACUAGACGAAAAUCUUACCGUUGUAGACGCAGUGAACAGACGCAAUAUUAAACAUGUACCUGAGGUGGUCGUAAGCCAUGAUUUUGAAAAAACACCAAACAUUACACAUAUUGAUUGUAUGUCUGAUAAAACGGGUCCCAUUUCAAUAGAAACAUCCAGCAAAUGUUCAAAUUCACCGCUAUCUUCUCCUCUUAAUUCACUUGUUUCACCUUCAAGUGGUUCACUGAUUUCACCAUCAUCAAAGAAGAUUAAAAAACCCAGCAGAGGUUUAAAUGAUUGCAUCGCCAUGCUAACCAACAAAUUACAACAGAAAUCCGACUCAAAGGUAGAAGAUGCGAAAAAAGUAAAUUCAGAAGAGAAUUUAGCAUCAGUAUCAAAGACUGAGAUGAAAAUAGCCGAAAAGCCAAUUGUGCCAAAACUUUUUGAUAAACCAAUAGUACAAAAACCUGAGUGUAUUUUGAAGAUUCCUAAUUUUAAGUCCCCUGUCGUAGAACCUAUUGAACAAGCCUUAGAUCUGACUAAAAAAUCAGAUAAAUCUCUCGAAAAUAUAAAUCAAGAUCCAGUAAAACAGGAUACACACAAAUCAAACGAAAGCUUAAAUUCUCCAACUAACAUUGACUCGAGGUCACCGUUCGGUCUAGAAAAUAAAUCAUGUGAAAACCUGUUACCGCCAAUUGGUUAUGAAAAUAUGUUCAUCAGACAAAAUUAUUCGUAUCCAAACCUACUAGCUCUACAGCCCAAUUUUGCCUUUCCCAGCGGUGCGGAAAUGCAAAGAUUUCGAGCUUUAUCAACGUUAAUGGAAAGCAUGGCUGAAAAUAGAGUUAGAGCCUAUUCCAAUAUGGAUAACAUAAUUCAACAAGUAGUUGAAAAUUCAUGUAAUGUAAGCAUAUCUAUGCCAAACAUAGCAAAACCUCAAGAAGAAGUUUUAAAUAGAAACUCCAUUGACGAGACCAUUGAGUACGUUGUUAAAUCAUCGUCACUUAGGACACAACUAGAAGUGCUUGAAAAUAAAAUUCCAGAUAUUAAAACACAUGAACGCAAGAUUGGAUCUAUUAGAAGGCGCAAAAAGAAAGUUGAAGAAACGAGUGAACCGUUGUCAGAAGCUGCUCAGGGCACGGGAGUAUUAAAUACUGCUUUUAUUAAACAAACUGCGUCAGAAAGUAAUGCAUCCGAUGGCAAAAGAAAAAUUGGAUUUGCAAGGAAGCGUCCAAAUAAAUCGAAUGCAGCUAAGUCUACGAAAACCGUAGAGUCGGAAAUUCCUAAAGAAACCAAUUUACCAUCUGUAGAAGGAAGUGAGUUUAAACUUCAAAAACUUUAUUUGGAAACCAAUGUAGAUGAUUUACUGAGUACCAAGGAAAUUACCACAAAGCCAGAAGUAUCUAGUUCUUCAACAAUCGUAAAGAGUGGAAUAAUACAAAAUUCAGAAGAACAUAUUGAUAUGGAAACUAAUGAAUUAAUAAAUGAAGACGAACCUCAUUUAUUGGAAAAUAAAUCUGUUGUUACAUUAAAACCUGAAAAGAAAAAUAUCCAAAGCGAUUCUGAAGAUGAUAUACCAUUGGCAGUUUUUGCCAAACCUGUAGAAGUACCUAAGACUGAUGAAACUAAAGUAGAGAAGGCCGUUCCAGUUUCCACUGAAGAUGCCAUUACAAACCAAACAGAAGAAAAUGAGAAACCGGUUGAUGUUCCUAAAACAUUCGAUAAUGAAACCCAGGAUUUUGUUUCUAAUAUUCAAGCUGACUCUGAAAAAGUUGCCAUUUCAUCCAGUGUGACUGCUCAAGAAAAUACAAUCAAAAUGACUAAAAAAGCCACAAAAACAAAAAUUCAAAGAAAACGAGGCCGAAAGUCGAAGGGAAAAACAACUAAUACAUUGGUAAAAUCUGAAGAAUAUGAUGAAAUUGAUUCCAAAAAUAUGUCUGUAAGUGAACUUGAAAGCAUUAACAAUAGUACUUCCGAUAUUAUUUCAUCACAGUCAAAAGAACCAAGCGAAUUUAUCAAUGAAGAUCUACUUCCUUCGUCUAGUUGUUCAGACGAAAAUAUUAACAAGGCUGAGGAAAUAAUAGAAAAUAUAAAUAAAUCAGAUGUAAGUGAUGUAAAUAAAAACAUGAGGCCCUUACAAACUGAAACGGAAGAAAACAAAAUUGAUAUACAAACCCCUAGAAAAGGAAGAAAAGGAAGAAAAGGGAAAUCCGUAAAAGACAUUAUCCAUAACUUUGAAGAAAUAAAUAUUAAAUCAAAAGUUGAAGUAAGUGUACCUUCAGAUCCUAUUGACAAAAUAGAUUUGGAUGGAAAUAGAACUACUAAUGAAAAUGAUAUUUCACAAGUUAUCCCAGAAAAAACAAAUAUCAUUGUUACCUCAGAACAUUGUAAUCAAAAAACUGAUCUUGAAAAUCUUGGACAUACGGAUCAAAUAUCCGAAACACCGUUAGAGAGUAUUCCAGUGAGAAAAACAGAAACUCAUAUUAAAAUUCAGAUAAAACGACAAGGCAAAAGUAAAACCAGAGUGUCUAGUAUAAUAUUAACAAAUGAUUUAGAACCACUGCCUGAAAAAGACGUGAGUGAUAUUCGUAAUAAUGACACCAAAAGAAAAGUGAAAAAGAAACACUCAAAUGAUUUACAAAACUAUGAGAAGUUGAACGAAGAAAUCCAAAAAGAAGAAGGAAACAACGAACCCGUUGACACAGAAAGCAUCUGUAAAAAUGAAGAAAGUACUCUGGGAUCCAAAAAUAUUACGAACAAUAUUGAACAAUUAAAUAAUAUCUCUAAAUGCAGUGAGGAGGAACAGGAUAUAGGAAAAAUUACAACUGAAAAUAUAGAUUCGAAGAAGAUUAACGAACCAAAACUAAUAACAAAAAUUAAAAGAAAAAAAUCUGCUGGGCUAGUAGAAGAAUACGUGGCAAAUUCUAGUAUAACGGAAAGUAUGAAUUCGGAAGCUGAAUUUAACACCGACCUUGUUUUAGAACAAGCUGGUCAGCAAGGAGAAGAGGGCUUCCUGGAAUCGACAGAAAAAGUUUCUGGGAACGUUCCGACAAAAACUCACUCAAAAAAGAAAAAAGGACAAAAGAACAAGUCGUCAGUUAAAUCCCAUGAUAAAAAGUUAUUAUUAGAUUCUGCAGAUAUAGCUGAAAAACAACAUGUCCCUAUAGAAACUACUCUAUCAAAAGUUAUUAUGGAUGAAGCAAAAUUAAUGGAAAAAAUAGAUAAAGAAUAUUCUAUUAAUUUUACACACGACAAUGAAUCAGAAAACUUUUUAACAAAAGUUCAUUUAGAAACAUUUGAUCCGAUAAAGCGACAACAUAAUGAAUUUCCAAAAGUAAAUGAUAAAGUCGCCGGAGAAGAAACACCAGAAGAAAUAACACCUGAUCCUAAUAAAGUUUCUGAUUGUGAAUAUCUCGAGGCUACUAAAGCAACACCCAAAAGGAGGAAGGCAAAAAAAUCUAAAACUCCAUCAAAAUCAAUACCACAAAAUGAUUUUGAUGCAUCAAAGAGUUGUUCAUUAAAACAAGAGAGUAAUGAUGAAAUUGAUACUUCUGAUCGUUCCAUAUCCUCAGAUAUAGAUUCUAAAUCUAAUGUUUUUGAUGACCAUCAACAUGCCAUAUCUACACAAUUAGAAGUUCUACAUAACACAACGGAAAAUGUUAAUGAGGAACUUAAAAUUCAGACUUCUCUUGAUUUCCAAUUUAAAAGUUCUCCGAAAAAGAAAAAAUCUCAUAGGAAUAGAUCACCAGAUAAAACUGGACACUAUUUAAUUGAAAAUGUAAACGGAGAGCAAUCGGAUAUUGAUUCUGUAGAUAAUGCAAUAAAUCCAGAUAAUUCGCACAAAAAUGUAUUAAAAAUGACAAUUUUAAAUGAUACUAAUGCUUUAUCGGAGGAAAACAAAUCAAAUAUUACCAAAUUUGUUGAAGGAGAACAACUAAACGGUGACACACCUUCGGAGAUCCGUCAAAAUUCGAGAAAUGGUAAAAACGAACAACAUAGAUCAACCAAGGAAGAAUUAGUCUCAGAAAAUCAUACUGAUUCCCAUCCAGAUGUUUUACCAGAUAAAUUACAUUUAAUUAAAAGUUCGGAUAAUAAUGUCGAAGUAAAGAAUGAUGAUUUCCAAGCAGAAAUACUUAAUCCAAUUCAAAAAGAGAAGGACGUGUUGCCAGUUCCCAAAAUUAUCGUAAAGAAGAGAAAGACAAAUGCCACAUCACCAUCUGGAUUAGAUCAAAUUUGGGAAAAUGCUAACGCCUUAAAUAAUGAAGAUGCAGAUAAAUAUUUCGUUGAAAAUUCAAUGAAUUUCAAAGAUCAAUCAAAUCAUUCAAAUAUUCUGGGAGAAGGUGAUUCCAAAAUAUUAUCCAAACGGAAACGUAGUAACAAACAUAAAGAAAAAAAUAUUCAAGAUGUCACUUCGGAAGCUUCAUUCUCUAAUAUAACAGAAAUCAAAACUAUGGAAAAACCGGCAAAGGCAACUAAAAGAGGAAAAAGUAAAUCUCCUGUUAAGAAAUUACAAACUGAGCAUGUAGAAUCUAAUAAUUGGGUAGAUGAGAUCAUUGAAGACAAUGAGGAAUUUGCAGAUAAUAUUACAUCAAUUUCUGGUAUUACUGAAGCUGAACAUGUUACUGAAUCAGAUAAGAAUGACAGUUCACCAAAUAAUAUCAAUGUAUCAAAUAACGAUUAUUCUAAGAAUAACAAUGAAGAAACUAAUAAUGUUGAAACUGUAAGUAAUACCACCCAAAAUAUAGAAAAACUUGCUGACAAAAAACUACAGGUGAUUCAAAGACAAAUAGAAAAGGUAGAUAUCUUGCCUAAGGCUUCAGAAAUUAUAACAACAAAUGAAUCUCCAAAACAGCAAAUAAAUGACAAAUGCGUUCAAGAGGAUAAUGGAAAUUUGCAAAAUGUUAAUGAAAGUUGCGAAGAAGAACUUGAAAACAUACAAAUAAACGAAAACUCCAACAAAAAGAAGCCAAGGAAAAAGAAGAGCGAAGUUGAUAAAUUAACAGCCGCUGCUAUAAUAUUGCCUGAUUUAAAAUUAUCCAGUUCCGAUUUAAAUGUGGCCGAAGAUACGAAUAGGAGAUCUCGAGCUUCAAAAACAAAGGCAGCAGAGAAAAUUUCGAAAGUGACAGUCGAAGAAGAAACGGCUUAUAUUGAAUCUUUGGAUGGAGAUUUAAAUUUGGAAAUGUCAAGAAUAUUAGAAUCCUUUAGUAAAUUGGAUAAAAAUGAUUUAGAAAAUAUUGGUUUUAAUAUUGAAACGACGAAAACUAUAACCGAUACAGUAACUAAUGUAGACGUCAAAGUUGCAAGGCAAAAACGUAGAAAACGAUCUAAAACUACAGAUGUACUUAAUUUUGAUGUUGAUUUGUCUAAAGAUGAUGAGGUUGGUACAAAAAAAUCAAAAGUUGAUGUUAAGAACUUAGAAUGUGAAGAUGUAAUACAAAAUUCAGUUGCUACUGAAACAAUCGGAGAUAAAUCGGAACCUGUUUUGGAUGAAUCAUCUGAGCUAAAAAGGAAACCAAAAAGAAAAUCAAAAGUUUCUAAGAAAACUAAUAAACAUUUAUCUAACAAACUCUAUGAAGAUUUUACCUUGGUCAUUAAAUCAAAACGAAAGUCGAGGGAUUUUGUGUUUAAUAUGAAUGAAUCAAAUGGUUUUGAGGACACUUUGGAUACUACGUCAAUGGAAAAUAAGACAUCUGAUGAAUCAGAGGUGUUAAAAGACGGCAAUACUGACAGACAACUUAAAGGUUCACCCGAUGAAAGUUUCGACAUGGUUGAUAUGGAAUUAGAUGAAAUACCAACAGACAACACGAUAAUUGAAAGAGAAAUUCCGUUGGAUUCUCUCACAUCAACGUUAACUCAAUCGUCAGAUAGUAGUAGUGGAGCUGAUUUAAACAAAGAUAUUUCAUUUGGUAGCUUAACACCUUCAUCUGAGUCCGCCUGCUCCACAGCUGACAUCGACUCUGAGAAAAUUAAGGCUAACAUCGUUGCAGAGGCGAUUAAAAGAAGCAAUAGGUCUUUAAAUAUAAUAGAAGACUUCAAUGAUAAAACACCACCAAGUAAAAGUGAGCAACUUUUUGAUGAACUUAUUAAGGAACAACGAUUUGAUGACUUAUUAAAGAACAAAUUGCCAGAUGUGAUACAAUCUACUCCUGAAGUUAACCAAGCAGUUGAAUUGAAAGAAAUUUCUUUAAAUAAAUUCAUGCCAUCUAAAUUAAGAGAAGCAGAUAUUAACAGCACCGACCCUUCAAGACCCAAAUUUGAUUUCAAUAAAUAUUACCUGGAGAAAAUUAAUCAACAACAAAAAGAAGCACAAAAGCGUAAAAAGAAAGUUAAAACUUUUGAUUUUUCUACUUCCGAUGACGAUGACGAUGUGAAUGCGGAUACAGGAUUCGAUGACUGCAAUAGUGACAUUUACAAUUUAAGUGAAAAUGUAUCAGAGUGUUCUCAAAUGGACAGUGAUUGUAAACCCAAAAACGAAACAAAAGUAGAUUCAGUGGGCAAAAAAUCUGUGAACUCUGAUGUCUAUAGAUUUGACGAUGAAUUUGAUGAUUUAUUAACUCAAUCGUCGAAGACUACCAUUGUUAAAGAUCACAUUCCUGUGGAAGAAUCUGAACCUAGUCCUUUAACCUCUACCAAGAAAAAAGACGAAAUCAUUACCGACCUUACCACAGAUAAUUUAGUAACUGACCAUUGUUUAAAUAAAUCAGAUGUAAGCAUUGAUGGUGGUGAUGGAUUAAUUAAAAGUAAGACUAAAACAGAUAAAGUUCAAAAGAAAUCCCAAAAAGUUCUAGAAACAACUGACUCAUCCACAGCAGAAAUGGACUUCCAAGAUGACAAAAUUAUGAAUAAGAAAAAAUCUAAACAAAUUAAGCAUAAAAAUCUUGAUUUAUUAGAUGAAAAUCAGCUGUUUGGUAAAAACGUUGAAGAUACUCCCGCUGAUGAAAAUGUUGAAGUGAGAAGGAGUAGAAGAUGUUCCAGGAAAAUAACUUCAUACAAUGAAAAUGAGUUAUUAGAUCCUCUUUUAGAUGAUAUAAGUCAAGAAAAAAGAAAACCUAGAAAGAAGGAUAAAUCUCCCGAUAACAAAUUAAUUGAUAUAACUGAAAAUAUAACACUUAGGCCCUUAGAAAUUGAAAGUUUAUCACAAACUAACAAAAAGGGAUCUGAUAAAAUAUUUGACCUACUAAAAUCAAAAUCAGCUGAAAUCAAAUCUCCUAAACUUCACGACAACUUUCUUGCAAAUAUUGAUGACACAUCAGAAGAACUCACUGACGCUAAAUUUGAUAAUGUGUUUGAAAACAUCCUGGAGAAAUCAAUGGCUGCUAUUCAAAGUCAAGGGAAAAAUAAUUCACAAAAAAAUAAUCUGGAUAAAAUCUAUGAAUUUUCCGAAAGUCCACCAACUGCUUUAGAAGAAAGCGAAAGUAAUAAUUCUAAAUUUGCCAAAAAGCAAAUUAGAAAAAUUUCAAUAGAUGAGACUAUUGGUUCUGAAUCUGUUGACUUAAAUAUUUCUUCGUCAUCGAUAUCAAACUUGACAAAGUCAAGUGUAGUUACCAAAUCUCUUGAAGACGCUUAUAUUACAGAUACUAAACCAAGUAAAAAGGCUAAACCAAGCGGUAACCAAAAAGAACAAGGGCCUGAAAAAGAAAAUUACUGUGAAAUUUGUAAAAAAUCGUUUAUUCGAGUUGAAAAUCUUAAUAAACACAUGCGUACUCUGACGCAUAUUUCAAAACUAUCGGAACUUGAAGCCAAGGAGGCUGAAGAGAAGGCGAGAGCUGAACAACAACUCAACGAAAGAUCUAAACAAUCAGAUGAUCUAGAUGAAGAAAUAAUACCACCCAAAGAUGAUCCUUCCACAUUUUCACUUACCAAUAGCCAAACAUUAAAAUUAGCUAAUCUGUUGAGUGAUGUCAUAAAUGAACCUGCUCUUGAUGUUCAGACAGAACAAUCUUUCGGAGAUGAGGUUCAAAAUUCCUCAAAAAUAAAAACAGAGUACCGAAGGUACAAAAGUCUUGGUGAACGAAAGAGCUUUGAAUCUGACAACCCAAUUAAUUCUGAGUCUCAUACAAUUAAAUCUCCAUAUUAUGAAACAGCUCCAAUAUCAAAACAAAUAUUGGAAAAACAAAUUAGUUUGCUACAAAAUAUAAUCGAAAAUCAAACUGGCAUGAGUUACAUAGAUGAUAUUUCUAUGUCGUCUAACAAUUCAAUUAUCGAUAAUACUUCAAACAGAGCAAGUCCUUCAGAGUUGAGCAUCAAAGACGAUUCGAGCAACGUUACAUUCGCAAAUAAUGGUUUAUUAACUAAUAACACAAACAAAUCCGGUACAAACGAGGAGAGUUUCUUGAAACCAUCACAAUACGAGGAGAUUUCAGAAGACAGCACAAACGUCAGAAACUAUGAGGAUCAAAAACUUCGCAAAACAUUAAAUCGUGACGAGGAACUAUUCUUAGAAUGCUGCAGUUUGUUAAAGAGUGGUUCUGAGGUAUCCAACUAUUCUAAGAAGUCAAACAAAAACAAUUUGCAUGGUCAUGCACAAAUGAAAGAGGCUAACGAACCGAAUUGGUUGGAAAGCAAGGGCAUAUCUAAAAAUCAAAAUUAUAAUAUCGAAUAUUCGGAUGAUUCGCGAAUGCCAACUCCUUUGGGUGACAAUUAUGACGAUGAUGCUUCGAAUUCUAACACCAUUUCUUCGAAUUGGAAUGUCAAUGUGCAGCAAAAGCUUGGUUAUGAAGAAGUAUCUGAUGAUAAGGAGGACAAGAGUUUCACAUUCGAAGAAGUUUUGCAGAAUAAUGAAAGUAGAGAUGGAAAAAGCAAAUCUGGGUUGUCAAGAUUCGGAGGAAUGCUCUCCAAAACUAUCACGAAUAUUAAAAAUAAAAUAAGAAAACCAUCUGAAGACAGAAACGCCAGUUCUGAAAGGAAGAAGUCUGACGAAGUCACCGAUUGUUCUGCCAUCGACGCCAAAAAGAUUAUGACCAAGGGUGCAAUGAAGGUCUUUGAAGGCCUUAAAGUUUCUAUUCCAACAGAGGAACUUAACUUAGAAGAAGUGCUGAACUUCAGUCCGCACGGAAAGAAGUCCGAUUCAACGCAAUCCGAUGAGGCAGACGUUUCAUCUGCAAAAGAAGUGAUGUCUCCUUCAAAACGGAAGUCCAAACCGGUCAAAAAUAAAUCCCAAUCAAGCAGCAAGCUUUUGUUUAAAAUGAACAAGAAGAAAACAUUAGAUAAGAAGAGGAAAAGUUCAUCCGAAUUAAAAACUGAACAUGAUGUGUAUGAUUUUGAAGAUACUCAAGACAACUCUGAAGUUUUCUCAAAGCCAGAUUUUCGAACAUUCAAAACUAAGAAAGAUGAAGAACCAAACAAAGAGGGCGAAAGUGAAAAUCAGGAUGUGACUGACGACAUAGAACAAGAAUCAAGCUCUGUAUCCAGUGUCCUAGUUGAUUCAAAUUCUAACCAGCAACCAAAGACUUCUAAACAACAACAAAAUAUGACGAAAAAGAAGUGCAUGAUCAUGGGGCGCAUAUUUAAAAAUGCGGUUAAAUCAAAGGUUGACGAGGAAAUUCGGCACAUUCCAAUUAUGGACAAUGCUGAAUAUGUAGAAAAUUAUGUGGAGGAGGUCAACAAAACUAAAUUGUCUCAAGAUGAGGCUGCUGUUGAGUUAACUGAUCAACCAGAGGAAACACAAAAAACUGAGGAUAAAAAUCAAACUUCAGUAAACAAAGUUAAAUCCGUAGAAAAUAGAAGAAAGAGCAUAAAACAGAAGAGUAGAAAACGUACUAGGGCAAACUCAGAAUCAACAGAUGACGAGUUCAGUUUGAAUAGAUCAGCUAAAAAACGAUCUUACAAGAAAAAUUCAAAACCUGAAGAUAAUUGUAUCAAUCUUGAGCAAGAAUUGAAAGAAUGUAUUGGUGUGGCAAGUCGAAAAAGUCAAAGGAAAUGCACCAGCGGUAAACAGAACAUCCUUGUUGAAUACUGGAGCAGUGAUGAUUCAGCUUUUGAAGCAAUGUUGGAAACGCAAAUAAUUCAAUCUAAACCUACAAAACCUACAGUCGAACCGGCCAAAGUGGAACCAGUUUUGGAACCACCUAAAUCAGAAACAGCCGAAUCCACGAAUGAAUCUGCAAACUUAACAAACCAACAACUUUCAUCAACAUCGAAAGUUACAGAGAAAAAGGUACAAAAGAAACCAAAAUUACCAACACCAAAGCCAAAAAUUCAGAAAACGGAGACGUCCACAUCCGCAUCUAAUGCGACAAAUGCAACAAACAGGCGAAAACGUGCAUCGGUUAAUCCAUUGUAUCAUUGGUCAAGUUCGAGCGAGGACGAAUCAAGUGAUCUAAUAGAAGUGAAACCUAUAAGAGACGAGGCCGACGACGACGACCGACCCAUUCAACACGGUUGGAUCGUCGGUGACUCCCCGAAAAAACUAGUGACAUUGUUGGCGCAUGCAAAAGGCAAAAAAACUGACAUUGACUGUGUUAAAGAACAAAAAAAGCGGACUAAUUCUGUUAGCUGAUGGUAAUAGUGAAUGUUAUAGGUUAAAUACUUACUUAGUGCAUUUAAUGAACACGAAAAUAUAGUGCACUAUAAUUAUGUGAGUUAUAUUAAUCAUGUUUUAGUGCUAUUGAAUUAUCCCAUUAUUAGAAAAUCUUCAGCAACGUAGCUUGUAAGAAUCAUUAAUACAUUUGAAUGAUGCAGCUUCUCAUCAAUUGUCCCCUUUAAACAUUACAGAAUCACUUGUUUAAACAGCAAGAAGUUGAUGGAAAUGAAUUAUAUUAAUUUGAAUGUUAUAUAUUUGACUGACUUUUGUUUCAGUGAUGAGAAAAACUUUAUUAUUUCUAAUGUAUUAAAUUAAUCGUUUUUAAACAAGUGAUUAAUUUUUAAUAUUACCUGUCACUGUGUCAAGAUGAUAUGGCACUAAUGUGUAAUUUGUUUGUAUUUUUAUACCUUGUUUAUUGCGAAUUCAUAACAGGAUCGAAUUUUGUUAGUGUACAAUUUAAAAUAUAAAUUGUUUAAGUUGCCAUGUUUGCUAAAUAAAUUAUUUUUUUAUUUUUACAAUUCUAAAUCAUUUUAUUUAACAUGAUUAUUGAUAUAUAGAUUUUAUAUAUAAUUUCACAUCUUAUACUAUGUGGUCUAACUUUGUGUUCAUAAGUAUAGAAUAAUUGUUUAUAUUGUGUAAUUAUAGUCAAUUUUUAGAUUAUGUUCAUUAUAUUGCUUUGCUGUUUACACUGCCAAAAUGUGCCUUUGGCCAUUGUAAGUCGGGUCGUGAUAAUUCUAUUUCAUUUUUCUUGUAUAUAUUGUUGCAUAUAGUAUGUGUAUCAUAGUCGUACAACUGGGAACAACUUCAUUGGUAUAAAUGUGUUUGUCGACAUGUAUCAGCAAAAACUUUUUAAUAAAUGAUUUCCCAACAGUA